ACCUCUGAAACACCAUAAAGCGACGAUCGUCAUGGGACCAGUCUCCGGUUUGCUAUUGGCAGGCCUGGUUUCUGCGGCCCUGGCCAAGCCGGGACUCCUGUCCGCGCCCCUGAUCGCCACUUUAACCCCUGCAGCUCCUGUCGGACCGGAUGGCCGGGUCCUAGACACGCCGGAAGUUGCUGUCGCCAAGGCGGAACACGCGGCUGCUCACCUCAACGAGAGAUUGAAGCUUGCUGACGAGGCUGCCAGGUCAGGAGCAGGCCUGCAACAGGUCCAGGUUAAACAGUCUUCGCUGUUGAUCGCUGCACCAAACGUUUUGGUACCUGGCGCUCCGCUUGGACCUGAUGGCAGGGUGGUGGACACCCCAGAAGUCGCUGUCGCCAAGGCUGCGCACGCUGCCGCUCAGGUUAACGAGAGAAUUAAUUUGGCAAACGAGGCGGUCAGAUCUGUCGCUGCGGAUCUUAACAGACCAUUGGUUCCUCUGGUAGCCAGCAGUAUAGUGGCCCCAGUGGUGCAAGCAGCGACAGUAGGUCCCGACGGAAGGGUGCAAGACACUCUAGAGGUAGCAGCAGCAAAAGCAGCCCACGCAGCAGCUCAGAUCAACGAGAGGAUUAACCUGGCGAACGAGGCGGUGAGAUCAUCGGGGACGAUAGUCGCUGCUGCUCCAGCAACAGUCACCGUACCAUUAGUAGCCAGCAACGCAGUGGUGGUCCCUGGUGCACCCAUUGGCCCAGACGGAAGGGUGCAGGACACGCCGGAAGUGGCUGUGGCGAAAGUCGCCCAUGCAACCGCUCAUCUUAACGAGAAAUUGAACCUGGCCACAGAGGCUGCCAAGUCUGCCGAUGUUCUCGCUGUUGCUGGCCCUGCCCUCGCCUAUGGACGGCUCGUCUAUUAAAAAUCUGAUCGUCAUUUAACACGUUCACCGUGUCCACGCGUAGAUCUGGUAAAAACAAUCACGAGGAAUCGCGAAUUUCCGAAAAAAGCAUCAUAAUUAGACUGCGGAUUUUUAUGCAAAUUCAUAUUUGUGAGAAUAUAAUUUAAAAAAACGGAAUAUUUUUGCAAUAAACUUAAAGAAGCGCUAUACUUGGAAAAAUAUUAUUUGAAAAAAAUAUAUAGUACGUUAUAAUGUGCAUUCACCAAUUUUGUGAAGUUCUACGCUUUCUAAUUCGCUGUAAAUGCAUAAAAAUCCACGAUCUAUUCAUAAUAAUUCAUACAGAGCAUAUUGCGUAAACGUAAAGUUUAGCAGACACACACAGCUUUUCCUAUGGAAAUUAUGUGUUUAGAGUAUAAUGUAUCACACGUACUCGGCAGUGAACGUGUUAAAUCAAAAUAAAAUGGAGGACCACUCGCGAAUAAUUAGCGAAUAAGUAUCAUAGUUGACAGUAAAGAGGGAAACGUAGCGCAUGGAUCGAACGAUUUACAAUUACCGGUGUUCUCCGGGACAUAUUUUUCUUGUUUCGUUAAUUCUAGAUUCGUUAUAAGUAGUUGGCUUUACGUUUUGUUGUUCGGCUAUGUCAUUUUUUGGGCUAUGGAAAUUGACGUUCUGGUCAUUUGUUGCUUUCUCGUUUAAUGUGCUCUUUCGAUGCUGAUUGAUUUUCGAGGCUGGUGAGAUUGUUAAAACUGCCAUAGGGGGAUGAACGACGAUUGUAGACUGGAUUAAUAAAGAGAAUUUCGAAGAAGUUCAAAUUCUUGUUUUAAUCGAAUCCAAAUUCUGUCUUUAAUGUUAAUUUGCGUUCCAGAGUUCUGACUUUAAAUUCACCAAUUUUGAUGCGAGAGUACAGAAAACACAGUAAUUGAUGGUAAUGGUAUAAACAAUUAAAAAUUGGCUCUAACGUUUCAACUGGCACUAAAUUCGCCGUCUGUUCGACAAAAAAAAAAAAAAAAAAAGAAAAAAUCUCGGCAUCCAGUUUCAUUCUGUCACGAUAGACGAGGGGAAUCGAUACAUAUUAAUGUCGCGGCGAUUUUGAAGUAGAAUGCGUUCGUCACGUCAGGAUCGAUUGCAACGAAUUUGGGUCGAGGAUAGUAUGCAAAUAGCUAGACUGAACGAUUAUAGAGGAAGAGACGAGUAUACAGGUGUAAUGGAGCCAACGACUUUCUACAAGGCGAUAGCGCUUAUAGCAAACAAAUAAAAUUUUUAUAAAACAGUUUUGUAAAAUGUCUUAUGGUGGUAUGUUGGAAAUGUUUAAGUUCUAUUUCUGUUUCGACAAGAUUUGGCUUUCAGAUUUUUUCGAAAGUAUAAUUUUUGUAAUGGCGAUAAAAUUAUACAUUUAUAUUGAUACCUGUGAUUAUAGUUUUAAUAUGGUAAUUACAUAGCGAAUUUAUGAAAUAAAAAAUUGUAUUAUAUGCAUAAAUUAUUUAGGAAAUAGAAAACGUUGAAAUUUUGUGGAAUUGGCAAAAUCCCGAUUGUUCAAACAAACGUAAUUCAACAUUUAUGGAACAGGUGUCCAAUUAUAGCAUGGAAAAUGGCUCUCAUUACCGUAAAACACGUUUUCGAUAUGCGUAUAAAAUAAAUUGUUCGCGAACCAGUUAACAGGAGCCUACACGGCUAAAGAACGUAUCAGGUUUACUAAUGAGAUGCAAUUACUGGCAUUUUGCGAUACUUCCACGCACAAAAUUACUAUUCUUUGGCAACAACACUAUUAUGCACUUUACGAUUUCAUUAACUUUUUUCUUCGUACAUUAAUGCCGGAGACUAUUAACCGGAUGUUUCCUUUUACGUAUACACGAAAUGAAAUUUCCGAUAGAUUAUCUCGCGAAACUUGAUAAAAAUCCUGUUUCUUUCAUUUAGUCUCGUUGUUGCAAACGGAAUUUAUGAAAAUAUUUCUAUUCUAUUCCUUUUAUCGAUGUAAUUCCUUUAUUAUUACAGACGUCCCACUCUUGUUAAUUUGGAAUUACAGAUAUUAUUUCACUGCCUAACGAUCUUUUCGCUAUUAAUAGUAUGAGUAAAGUUUAUAUCAAAUAAAGAAUACGUCACACGUUCAUUGCGUAAAAACAAAAUAUUAUCGAGAAAACAUCAUAGAAUUUUCAACUUGCGAAUUGCGCUCUACACAAUCCACGCACGUUACAACGCACCGUACCGUACCGUAGUUCGUACAUUUUAUAUAUUUUCCGUACCGUAUUCUAUUCAUUUUUACGUCUUCAAAUUUCCCAUAAAUGCGUGAAAAACCUACCCGCAACGCGCCAAACAUAUUCGCGAAAGUCAUCUACAGGCGUUAUCUACUUUCCUAAGCUUGUGUAACGUCAUAAAAAUUCCUUAUCCACGUAUUAUUUUGUGAAACGGCGUGAAUGGAAGAUUCUUGGCAGAUCUCCGCGGCGAGACGACCGUGAAGAUCGUACAUAUUAGGGCAUAGCUGGAUGUUCAGGUUUCUAACCGAGAAAAAAAUACUUGGUGAAAAUGUUCAAGAGCCGGAUUCCAGACGAUAAAGUCCUUGAGGACAGGCGUGACCAGUUUCAUGCACCUCCGAUCCUCGCGUUUCCGCGACCCGAGCUGGUAACACCCUCGAGGCUCGCGUGUUUUCUAUAUAAAGUGGCGGAUGCGUGAGCGAAAUUUAAAAGAACUCGAAUCCAAUCGCCAUGAACAGCGUAUACGUAAGGAAGAACGUGUGAUUGCGUGGGUGAAUGGAAUGGUGGUUGCUUUGCUCGCUUUACGGCCAAGUGGGCUGGUCUUACGGGGUUGCAGCAGUGUUUCUCAAGCUUUCGCUCGCUCGCAGAUGUUAUUUCGAUCGGAUUAGUUUCUUGUUACGUAAUAUGUUUAUAAAUUACGCUGAUUUCACGUUAUUCAGUGAUUUUUCAGUUGGGUAACUCGCGUGCUGGAUCCUUUGCAGUGGAUUCUUGUAUUUAAUAAUCGGAUUUAGUAAUCGGAUCGAGUAAUAAGUUCGUUCUUUCACCAGUGUCUAUUAGCUCGAACGAUGUUAUUUGAUUGUUUCUGUAUUAAAUAUAUAAAUUUAUGAAGAAGCGGGAAUAGAAUUUUAUUUGAAAGUAAUUUGAUUUGCUGUUUCAAAAAAAUGUGAGUGAACGUAUUGCUCGACUUGAUAGGGAAGUUUAAAUGCGAUUAAUAGAAUUUUGUUCAUGGUCUGGUAAUAGUGCAAUUGUUGUAAUACGAUGAUACGAAACAAGAAUUAAUUGUCUAAGAAUAAUAAUCUAUGUUCAGGUCCUUCUUUUCUCUUGUUCUCUCGUUUCUUUCGGCUUGGCCAAGCCGACUGCACCUAUCCUGGGGUAUCAGGACAGUUACGG